CACUGGGAGAGAGAGAGAGAGACACUCAAGCACACUGGGAGAUAGGCGAGGAGCGACGCUGGAGAAGAGAGGAGAGAACCGAGCAGCACGCCAGCGCACGCACCGUCAAGGAGGCAGCAACGAAGCCACGACAAGAACCGUCACGUGAACGCCGCUUCCUUGAGGCGAACGAGAGCCAACUUCGAUCGCCAUGAACUUCGAAGAGGCUCUGAGUGCCGCGGGGGGGUUCAGCCGCUUCCAGCUGUGGCUCACGGUCCUCCUCCUCGUGCCGCGCCUCGUGCUGCCCUGGCACCUGAUGGUCUACAACUUCAUCGGCGCUACGCCGCACCACCGCUGCCGCCUCCCCGACUCUCCGACCGCCGCGUCGCUGGAUAACGGCAGCGGCCCGGCGGCGACGUGGGGCGGGCAGCCCGCUUGGCGAGACGACGGCGAGGAGGGCCUGAGCGCUUGCAGCCUCCGCGAGGCCGCGGGGACGAACGCUUCUGGGAGCCCGUGGCGCAAUUCGAGUGAGGCGUUGCCCUGUCCUUCCGGGUGGGAGUACAACCGCCGGCAGUUCACGGAGACCGUGGUGACGCAGUGGGACCUGGUUUGUGAGCACAAGGCGCUGAACCACCUCUCCCUGACCCUGUUUAUGGCCGGGGUCAUGCUGGGGUCCUUGGUCUUCGGGUAUCUCUCCGACAGGUACGGCCGCAGGAACGCGCUGCUCGCUUCCUACGUCCUCAACGCGGUGACGGUGACGGCGGCCACGUGGGCGCCGACCUUCAGCUCCUUCACGGCCAUGCGCUUCCUCCUGGGGGUGUCUCUGUCCGGCAUCAUCGUCAACACCCUGUCGCUCAGCGUCGAGUGGCUGGACCAGGGGCACCGCACGUUUGCAGGGGACGUCGGGCGGCUUGCGUGGAGCACGGGGAACAUGACGCUGGGGCUGCUCGCCUACCUCCUGCGGGGCUGGCAGGAGCUGCAGCUCGUGGUCACGUCACCCAUUUACUUCUGCAUCCUCACCUGGUGGUUCAUCCCCGAGUCGCCUAGGUGGUUGCUCGUCAGGGGCCGGGCGAGAGAGGCACAUCGCAACCUGAGCCUCUGUGCGCGCAUCAACGGGCGGACCAAGUUUGGGAGCGAGGUCACCGUGGAGGCCCUGCAGGACGCGGUAGAGAAGGAACGCACGACGCAGAACAGCACCUUCCUGCACCUGUUCCGCACCCCUCGCAUGCGCAAGCACACCCUGGCCGCGGGCGUCGUGUGGUUCUGCACGACGCUCACCUACUACGGCAUCAGCCUGAACGUGUCGGGCGUGGGGCUCGACAUGUACACGACGCAGUUCGUGUUCGGCGCCAUCGAGGUGCCGGCCAAGAUCAUCAUCUACGUGCUGCUGGAGCGAAUCGGGAGGCGGCCGUGCCAGGUGGGCACGAUGCUCGCCACGGGGGCCCUGCUUGCGCUCAGCAUCUCCGUCCCCGCGAAGCUGUCACUGCUGAAGAGCGCGGCGGCCAUCGCAGGGAAGGGCACGGCGGAGGCGGCCUUCACCACGGCGUAUCUGCACGCCGCGGAGAUAUUCCCCACUUCCCUGCGACAAAACGGCCUGGGCUACGUCUGCACCAUGGCUCGCCUGGGCGGCACCGUGGCCCCCCUGGCGGCGCUCCUCGCCGACGCGUGGCCCUCGCUGCCGGGCCUCCUGUACGGCGCCGUGGCCUUCGCCGGAGGCCUCGCGGCUCUGCUGCUGCCCGAGACGAGGGGCGCGGAGCUCCCAGAGACUCUCAGCGACGUGGAGAGCGACGCGAGGUGGCCCCGUGGCGCAGACGGCCGCGGUGGCCGCGGGGGUCACGGGGGAGGCGGCACACGCGACGGGAUGGACUUGGGGGGCGAUGCAAGAUCGGCAGGGCCCCCUAAGGAGGACCAGGUCAGCUUGCAGGACCUGACCCCAACCGAGCCAGGGCAGGACCACUGGGACGGAACAUCUGCAAGCGCAGAUGUUGGGCAUCACCGUCGCUUGGACGAGAACCACUCCACAGACACGGAGCGCGGCGUGCGCCUCUAAAGUCUGGCGGCGGAGGAAGUCAGCCACUCUCAUCGGUACUGGGAGCCCUGGCUUGCAGGCUCGCUGGCGGGACGGUGUUUGCAGGGCUGCGACCCGUCUUCUUGUUCGAUCUUUAACGCGCCGGUGUCGUUCUUCAACAUAUUCUUUGGGACUUUCGGUAGAGUCACAUAGAUAGGUUCAAAGAAAAGAACAACAAAAAAAGUACGACGUUUCGAUCGCAACAAAAAAAGUACGACGUUUCGAUCGCAACACAAGCGUUGCGAUCGAAACGUCGUGGUUUUUUGUUAUUUUCUUUGAACCUAUCUACGUGACUUUACCGAAAGACCCAAAGAAUAUGAAUUCCUGCAGUCACGAAAGCUUUAAGUCAAGAUUCUUCAACAUCUUGACCGGCUUGCAUGCAGAAAGUCUGCCUGCGCCUGACAAAACUGUGGGAUGCUCCUUUUUUUUUUACACCCGUGCUAUGACCGUCGUGUUUUACGUUUUACACGGGGCCUUCUCCGGUCACUCCGGUCGAUACGAAAAGUGAUUGCUCAUCGGUCACGUUUGCUCUGCGUUGAGGCGCGGAUCGCUUCCCCCGGGGAACCACGGCGUGCGAUUUCCGAACCAACCGCCCCGUCACCUUCCUUACCCUUCACCAAGCUGCACUGCCCAGCGUGUUUAAGCGCUCGCACACAACGAGGGAGCUCUUCAUCUGGCGGUCGAUUAAAUAAAUAACCAGAAAGGCUGAACUGUGACAAAUCUGACUCUCGCUUGUUCUUGUCAUCGCAAAGGCAAAAUGCAGCCGAGCCGAAGUAGCAGCACCUGCGCGCGGGCCCUGCAAUGCCGCUACUUCCAACGGUCUAAAAAUUCACGUUUCUCAAUAAUAUAUACAGCUGUGUGAAAAUGAACGUAGUGUUACUACUAUAAUGAGCCAAGAAUGUUUGUGUGUAACGCGCGUGACGUCACUCCACGUGCCGCCCCCCCCCACC